AUGGGACGGUCUCCUCCUUGUGAUGAUCAGGGUGGUCUCAAGAAAGGUCCCUGGACACCUGAAGAAGAUCAGAAGCUCAUUCAGUACAUCCAGAAUCAUGGCCAUGGAAGCUGGAGAGCCCUCCCUAAACUUGCAGGUCUAAACAGGUGUGGGAAGAGUUGCAGAUUAAGGUGGACAAACUACUUAAGGCCUGAUAUAAAGAGAGGAAAAUUUUCUGAGGAAGAAGAACAAACAAUCUUGAAUCUUCAUUCAAUUCUAGGAAACAAAUGGUCAGCAAUUGCAAGCCACCUACCGGGGAGGACAGAUAACGAAAUUAAGAAUUUCUGGAACACCCAUCUGAAAAAGAGGCUUAUCCAAAUGGGAUUUGACCCGAUGACCCAUCAGCCCCGAACCGAUAUCUUCACAAGCUUGACUCACCUUCUAGCGCUGGCUAACCUGAAAGACCUGAUCAUGGAUCAUCAUUAUCAUCAACCAGUGGAAGAACAAGCUCUUAGACUACAAGCCGAAGCUCUUCAAAUGGCUAACCUUCAAUACUUGCAGUAUCUUCUUCAACCUCCAGCAGCUUCUUCCAGUACACCAACCACCAACAUGAUGAACAUCAAUAGUGAAUUUACAGACAUCGAUUACUCCGUCAUCAAUCUUCUGAACUUACUUGCUUCAGCGCAGCCCAAGCAGACGACGUCGUUUGACGUUGAAACGACUGCCUGUCUUCAAGGGAUGCUUAACAAUGUGGUUGAUGAUAAUUCGAUCCCUUUUGCUCACUUGCCAGCUCUUCUGCAGGUUCAAGCUUCUCCUAGUUCUGAUCUGUUCAGGGCGUUAAGGAACAAAGAUCAAACAGGCUCACCCAGUUCCCCAAUAUGGCUUGUUUCAUCUUCUUCAUCUCCUUCUCCGCCUUCCACAGCUGCUUCGGAUCCUCCUCAUCAUUCUUUGACAGAGACUUCCAACAAGAACGACAUGGAGAAUAAUGCUUGUUUUUCUUCGAGCUAUGGAGGUUGGCCUGAUUUGCUGCUUGAUGAGACUUUUUCUUAA